AUGAGGAUAGUCAGUAUAGAGGAGCUCGAUGUUAACUCCAUAGUAAAGUUCUUUGACGAUGUGGUGGUUAUUCCUACUGAAACUGUAUAUGGAUUGGCAGCAAGUAUCCACAACCCUCGUGCUGUGGAGAGGAUAUUUGAACUUAAAAGAAGACCUGCAGACAACCCGCUCAUUGUUCAUGUAUCUUCGGAACAAAUGCUUGAAGAGAUUGUUGAGGGACCAAUUCCUGUUGAAUACAGGAAGCUAAUGGAUAGAUUCUGGCCGGGGCCUCUGAGCCUCUUGUUCAAGUCAAAGGAUAGUGUGAGCCCUGUUAUUCGAGGUGGGCUUAGUACCAUUGCCGUCAGGAUGCCUAAGAACAAACAGUUACUGGAAAUAAUUGAAAGACUUGGAGUGCCAGUGGCAGCACCUUCUGCCAAUGUAAGUGGAAGGCCAAGUCCUACAACGGUUGACCACGUGAUUGAGGACUUUGGAGACAAAGUGGAGAUGAUAAUUGAUGGAGGGCCCUGUUCUGUAGGGGUGGAGUCCACCGUUGUAUGGUAUGCAGACGGUGUUCUUCAAAUACUAAGACCGGGAGGUGUAGGGAUUGAGGAUAUAAAGGACGUUGUUGACUGUGAAGUGGUUAUGAAAAACAAGAUUGAAGGUGGGGAAGAAGUGUUAUCACCAGGUCAGAAGUACAAGCAUUAUUCUCCAAGAUCGCCGUUGGUUUUAUUUAAAGGGAGGCCAAAGGAGAUGGAAAGUGGAAUUCUCAAGUACAUCGAAGCAAAUCCUGGUAUUGCUAGGAUAGGAGUUGGAUUGCAUUCUGGGAUAAAUAUUGAAACACCUUUGGGCAGAAAAGUUGACAUUUUCAACAUGGGAAAUGUCAAGAAAGAGGUAUGCAGAAAUCUUUUUGAGGGGCUUAGGAAGCUUGAUAAGACUAGUGAUGUAAUUUUGGUUGCUGGAAUAGACUGUAACGAAGAAGGAUAUGCAAUUAUGGAUAGGUUGGAAAGGGCAGCAGAUGAGAUUAUUGAGUCGUAA